UUGCAUUUGUGGGUUAAGAUCUAUAAUAAGACUUCGACCCACUUGGCUAAGGUGGUGAAAGAUCACAUCUUGAUCUUCGCAACGUCGAAUUGUUCCUUCUCAGCUUCUACCUCCAUUUCUAAUAAAAGAAAGGGACCGUUUCUUUGCGUAGAUUGCUCAUUUCGAAAUCAGCAGGCUGCUUCUUCCGGGUAUUCGGGGAAAAGUGAAGUUUGAGGGAGAGGAAUCUCCAUCAUGUUCAAGUCGGCUCAGAGGAACCAGAGAUCCAGAGGCUUCAAGGUGAAGCAUGCACUACAAUUAUGUGUUGCGCUUGGCCUUUGUGUCUGGCUGGGUUACCAAAUCAAACAAUCUUAUGAGAAGAAAGUAUCAUAUGGGGAAAGCACACGAACCAGCGGCGAGACUGUGAGGUUGGGGAGGAAGGAUCUCAACCCGCGCACAGAGGAAACCUCCAUCAUAGAUGCAAGGCAUAGGGAGGAGGAGGAUGAAGAAAGCAAGCAUGAAGAGCAAAACAAGAUGGAUGAUACUAAUGGCGUGGAUAAUGAGAUUUCAACCCAAAAAGCUGAGCAAGAAAACAAAGAAGGGGAUUCUGAGCGUCAAGAGGAGUCAGUAGAUCAAGAGAAAGCGAGUGAACUGAGUUCUGAAAAUGCUGGGACGGGGCAGGAAGGUGAGGCGGAUCAAAAGAAAUUUGGCGACGAGAAUGGCGUAAAUGAUAGCCAGGGAAAUGAUAAUGAAGAGAAGAAGAAUGAAGAGAACAAAGAGACAAGGGAGACUAGAGAGAACGAAAGUCAGCAAGAGAAUGGAGAGGCAAAAGAGACAGAGAACCAGGAGAAUGAAGAAAAAAGAACUGCAGUGAGGGAACAAGAGAAGAAUGAAGAGAACAAAAAUGAAGUGGAGAACAAAGAGACGGGAGAGACUAGAGAGAACGAGAGUCAGCGGGAGAAUGUAGAGGCAAAAGAGACAGAGAAUAAGGAAAAUGGAGAAAACAGCACUGAAGUGAAGGAACAAGAGAAGAAGAAUGAAGAGAACAAAGAUGAAGUGGAGAACAAAGAAAAUGGAGAGGCUAGAGAGAACGGGAAUCAGGAAGAGCAUGUAGUGGCAAAAGAGACAGAGAAUAAGGAAAAUGGAGAAAGCAGCACUGGAGUGAAAGAGCAAGAGAAGAAUGAAGAGAACAAAGAUGGAGUGGAGAACAAAGAGAAUGGAGAGGCAAAAGAGACAGAGAAUAAGGAAAAUGGGGAAAGCAACACUGAAGUGAAGGAACAAUUGGACGAUGUUAAAGAGCAAGUUAAUGAUAACAAAAGGAAGAGGAGAGCAGCUCAUCUGAAAAAGAGCAAGAAGAGGAUGAGAAGAUUCAGGAAGUGACUUCAUCUGAGGAUCAA